AAGUCAGCCAAGAUUGCGUAACUGGGAAAAGUGAAAGCACCGAAAAAACAUGUUUUAUGCGGUCAUCUGGAUUUUCUGUGCCACCCUCUUGGCAAUCUUGUUUGGAGGAGUUCGAAAGCCAAAGAGAUUUCCGCCAGGACCUCGUUGGUAUCCCAUAGUGGGAAGUGCCCUGCAGGUUUCGCAGCUGCGGUGUCGUCUUGGAAUGUUUUGCAAAGUGAUCGAUGUAUUUGCCAAGCAAUAUGUGAAUCCUUAUGGUUUCUUUGGCCUAAAGAUUGGCAAGGAUAAGGUGGUGAUAGCCUAUACGAAUUUGGCAAUUAGUGAAAUGAUGACUAAUGAGGAUAUCGAUGGCCGACCCGAUGGUAUAUUCUAUCGCCUAAGGACCUUCAAUUCCCGAUUGGGAGUUCUUUUAACCGAUGGUGAAAUGUGGGUGGAGCAGCGAAGGUUUAUCCUGAGGCACUUGAAGAAUUUCGGCUUUGCCAGAAGUGGCAUGAUGGAUAUUGUCCACAAUGAGGCGACCUGUUUGCUGCAGGAUCUUAAGGACCAAGUGGCAAAGACUGGAGGAAAGCAGGCGCGUAUUGAGAUGCACGAUCUGACCAGUGUUUAUGUUUUGAACACCCUCUGGUGCAUGCUGAGUGGCAGGAGAUAUGAACCUGGUUCUCCAGAGAUCACGGAACUACUGGAGACCUUUUUUGAGCUCUUUAAAAACAUUGAUAUGGUGGGUGCUCUAUUCAGUCACUUUCCUCUACUUCGAUUCAUUGCUCCGGACUUUUCUGGAUAUAAUGGUUUUGUGGAAAGCCAUCGAUCUUUGUAUUCCUUUAUGAGCAAGGAGAUCGAGCUGCACCGUUUGACUUACAAGAACUACGAUGAGCCCAGGGAUCUGAUGGAUUCUUAUCUUCGUGCCCAGGAGGAGGGGAAUGAUGAGAAAGGCAUGUUCAGUGAUGAGAGCUUGUUGGCCAUUUGCUUGGACAUGUUUUUGGCCGGUUCUGAGACCACCAAUAAAAGUCUCGGUUUCUGUUUCAUGCACUUGGUACUGCAGCCUGAAAUCCAGGAGCGGGCCUUCCAGGAAAUCAAGGAGGUUGUAGGUCUGGAGCGCAUACCCGAGUGGUCCAGGGACCGCUCUAAGUUGCCGUAUUGCGAGGCCAUCACUUUGGAGGCGGUCAGGAUGUUUAUGCUCCACACUUUCGGUAUUCCGCACCGUGCUGUUUGCGAUACUCGCUUGUCGGGAUAUGAAAUUCCUAAGGACACCAUGGUUAUAGCCUGCUUCAGGGGAAUGCUUAUCAACCCAGUGGACUUUCCUGAUCCGGAGGCAUUCGAUCCUGAAAGAUUUCUCUUCGAUGGACACUUGAAAUUACCGGAAGCUUUCAAUCCAUUCGGUUUUGGACGUCAUCGCUGCAUGGGAGAUUUGUUGGGGAGGCAGAAUCUUUUUAUGUUUAUGACCACAGUGCUGCAGAACUUUAAAAUGGUGUCCAUUCCUGGUCAGCUGCCGGAGGAAGAACCUCUCGAAGGAGCCACUGCUGCAGUAAAGCCAUAUGACAUCAUGUUGGUAGCUAGAGAGGAAUAACAACGAUAUAAUGUAAACCUAAUUUCUUAAUUUAAACUUACCUCGUCAUGGAUUAAGGUGUACAAAGUCAAUGAAAUAUGCUACCAUUUUUGUUUAAAUUUCAAAUAAAUUGUUAAGAGAUUUCCAUUUGUUUUUUUUUAAUUGAUUAAUAUCAA